AUGCCAAAAACCAACCCGGGAUAUUAUGCUAUACGAAAAGGACGUAAACCAGGAAUUUAUUUAACUUGGGAUGAAUGUGAAGCACAAGUUAAUGAAUUUCGUAAUGCUAUGUAUAAAAAAUUCUCUAUUCGUAUCGAAGCUCAAAAAUUUAUUGAAGGAAAAUGUGAAGUUUCUGUAAUUUUAAAUGAUAGUAUUGGAGUAUUUUGGAAAGAUAAUGACCCUAAUAAUUUAAGCAAAAGAUUACCAGGUUCGGAACAGACUAACAAUCGCGUGGAAAUCUAUGCUGCGAUUAGAGCUCUCAAAGUUUGUGAAAAUAAAAUAAAACCUUUGAAAAUAAUGACAGAUAGUAAAUAUGUAAUCAAUAUAAUUGAAGAUUGGGUCAAAAAAUGGGAAAAAAAUGGAUAUAUGAGUUAUAAAAAUACACCAGUCAAAAAUCAAGAUUUAAUCAAAAGGUUAAAAAAACUUAUUGACAAUAAAAUAGAUACAGUUCGAUUGAUUCAUGUUAGAGGUCAUUUGGGAAAUUAUGGUAAUGAACAAGCUGAUAGAUUAGCUAAACUUGGUUCAUUACAAGAAGCAAUUGAAAAAAAUCCUAUUUUUAUUUAA